AUGAACUCUUCACAAGAAAACAAUAAAGAAAGAAAUGCAAAAAGUAACGGCGAUGAGGAAAAUCUAAGGGUUGACGAAGAGCUGUACAGUAGACAGCUCUAUGUCAUCGGACAUGAGGCAAUGGUUAAGAUGAUGGGUACCAAAGUGCUCAUUAUAGGAAUGGAUGGAUUAGGUCAGGAAAUAGCCAAGAAUGUAUGUCUAGCAGGAAUAAGAUAUGUUUCCAUCUAUGAUAAAGGAGCAGUAACACCUCGCUCUAUGUGCUCAGGAUAUUACUUCUCCAGGGAUAAUCUGGGGCAGCAAAGGGAUUCUGCAGUUCUCGAACAGUUAAGGAAUCUGAAUAAGUACGUGGAAAUAAAAGUAGCAGAGAACAUUCAACUAGAGGAUCACGACAUUGUUGUUUCCGUUAAUCAAUCCUUAGAGGAAAAUUUGCGCUUAAAUGAUCUAUGCCAUUUAAAAGGCAUAAAAUUUGUCAUGGCCAAUGCGUCAGGAUUAUUUACGCAGCUGUUCUGUGAUUUUCAACUCCACACAUGCAUAGACAAGGACGGUGAGCCUGCAAGUACUGGGGUGAUAAAUGAUAUAACGCCCGAGGGUGUCCUUACCAUUGUGGAAGGCACACAUCACUCUUUCGAGACUGGAAAUAGCGUUAAGAUUGAUAAUGCAAUAUAUGGUGUGUCAGUAAUCAGCAGAAGCCAAUUCAAAUUGGAAGGGUAUUCUUGUGAUAAGCUAAAGAUAGGAGGAGAUUAUGAGCAGGUAAAGAUACCCUCCACAAUUGAAUUUAAAAGUCUUAGGGAGUCUUUAGAGUCUCCUCAAAUAAUGGAUUUUGAGUUUAGCAAUGUAAAGAAGCCCAGAGCACUUCACGACCUGUUUAUCUACGGAGAGAUACGUAAUAAUUUUGAGCAGAAAGACAUGUUAGAAGGCCAAUUUAGUAAAACAAGGGGCUGUUUAAUACCACCUGUGUGUUCAGUCAUCGGAGGAUUUGCAGCUCAGGAAGUAAUCAAGGCGGCUAGUUCCAAAUUCACACCUGUCCAGCAGUUCUACUACUUUGAUUGUUCCGAUGCCUAUAUUGAGAAUGACAGCAAUGGGGACGAAUCCAGUCGUUAUUAUGAUAUGAUUAAACUGUUUGGAGACGAUGGGUUUAGAAGGAUAAGGGAAAUGAAAAUAUUCCUAGUAGGAGCGGGAGCAAUUGGCUGUGAGAAUCUAAAGAAUUUUGUAUGCAGUGGAAUUGGAGCUGAUGGGCUGAUCAGUGUUACUGACAUGGACUCAAUUGAGCAAAGUAAUCUGAAUAGACAGUUUCUGUUUAGAACUGAGGAUGUAUCGAAGAUGAAGUCCGAGUCAGCUGUGAAGCGGGUGCUAGAGCUCAACGGGGACUACUGUGACAAGCUUGCCAGCAGCAACAAAUGCGGCACACCGGCUAAUGAAAGUGGCCAUGUGUCUGCAUGCAGGGUAAAUAAUAUUACUGCCUAUACCCUUCCUGUAAAUCACGAAAACGAAAAUGUUUUCUCUGAUAAGCUUAUUUCCCACCACGACCUAAUCUCAAAUGCUCUUGACAAUGUUGAAGCUAGGGCUUAUAUGGACAGGAGAUGCAUUCAGAUGAGGAGACCUAUGAUAGAUGCAGGUACCUUGGGAACUAAAGGGCACGUGCAGGUUGUGGUUCCUUUUAUCUCUGAAAGUUACUCCUCCAGUUCUGAUCCCCAGGAGAAGUCCAUUCCCCUUUGCACUAUUAAGUCCUAUCCUUAUUCUAUCGAGCACACCAUUGAGUGGGCCAUGAGUGAAUUCAAGCUUCACUUUAAUGAGAGGGUCCAGGACGCAAAAGAAUACCUGGAAAGCAAGGAUCCUGGUCUUCAGGAUAUAUACGACUCUGCUCCGAAGAACGUUGAGGAAUGUUUAAAGGCUGCUCUCUCCAUGUUUGUUAACAGCUUCUCUACCUCUAUUCAAAAUCUCCUUAAUACCUUUCCUCCCGACCAUGUUGAUGAUCAAGGCAAUAUGUUCUGGAGCCCCCCGAAGAAAGUGCCUUCCCCAAUCUCCUUCAAUAUUAAUGACAAAUUACACAUUAUCUUUGUCCAUUCAACAGCCAAUCUUUAUGCAGAGUGCUUUAAAGUUAGAAAGAUUUCUAGAGAUGAGGUUUAUGCAUUCCUAGAAAAUGUGUUGAGCCUAAAAGAGCCCAACCCCAUUCAUUUUGAAAAUUCCAACUCCAACUUUUCCCAACUAACUCCCCUUGAGUUUGAUAAGGAUUCUUGGCAUGUUGACUUUGUAUAUUCGGCAGCCAAUUUAAGGGCAAGAAAUUACAAAAUAAAAGAGAAAUCAAAGCAUUUUAUUAGAGGAAUUGCGGGAAGAAUUAUACCAGCGAUAGCCACCACGACUGCUAUUGUUUCGGGACUAGCAGCUAUUGAAAUAAUCAAGUAUGCGACGCAGAAAGAAAAAGUGGCCAAGCACGUUGGUGCGGAUCUGUCGGGUAUCCCCUUCCGAAACUCCUAUGUAGACCUUGCAGCGCCCUUCCUUGCUUCAACCGAGCUUGUUAAGCCCAAGGAGCUGUUUUAUGAAAAUAAGGGCAAGAAGAUAAAGUAUACUGUCUGGUCAAGACUUGAAUUCAAGGAUGGCACUCUGAAGAAUAUUAUUCAGCAAAUUCGAGAUGAAAUUGGAGAUGAGGUAAGCAUGGUUUCAUUCGGUUCAAAGGUUAUUUACUGGAAUCUAUGUUCAAAGUAUGAUUUGAAUCUUGAAAAGACUAUUUCAGAGCUGUGCAAAAAGAAAGAAGGGCAAUUUUUGGUAUAUUUAGAUGUUCUGCCAGAGAAAGAGGGCGAUAUGAUUGAUGUUGCAAUUAUUUUUGAAUAA